CCAGUUUCGUUUCUGCAGUUACGGGGCAGCAGCGGCCGAGGCGAUGGCGGCGCUGACCGCGUCGGAGCCGGGUCUGGCGGGGCUGGAGGAGGAGCUCACCUGCUCCAUCUGCCUCAGUCUCUUCAGCAGCCCCGUCACGGUGCCCUGCGGCCACAACUUCUGCGCCUCCUGCCUGGAGCUCUCCUGGGCCGGGCAGUCGGAGUUCAGCUGCCCCCAGUGCCGGGCCACCUUCCCGGGCCGCCCGCAGCUGCAGAAGAACACGGUGCUGUGCCGGGUGGUGGAGCAGCUCCGGGGCCGCACCGGGGCCGAGGAGGAGGAGAAGGAGGAGGAUGCGGUGGGGUUGGGGGAGGAGGCGACCCCCGUUUACUGCGACAGCUGCCGGGAGGCCCCGGCCGUGCAGACCUGCCUGACCUGCACCGCCUCCUUCUGCCCCGAGCACCUGCAGCCCCACCGGGACAGCCCGGCCUUCCGCGACCACCAGCUCUGCCCGCCCCUGCGCGACCUGCAGCAGCGCAAGUGCCGCCAGCACAACAAGAUCUUCGAGUUCUUCUGCAGCCAGCAUGGCAUCUGCAUCUGCUCCCUCUGCCUCCUCGGCCACAAGCUGUGUCACACCAACCCCCUGCAGCUGGCCAAAGCCAACGCCGAGUCGGCGCUGAAGAAGAAACUGAUGGAGCUGCAUAAUCAGAGUGAAAAAGCCGCUCGAGCAAUGAGCUCUGUGAAAACAAACCAAAGCCAAGCUGCUGAGACAGUUUCCAGAAAGAAAGAUUUGAUCAGAAGUGAGUUUUCAGAAAUAAAAGCUUUAAUUGAAGAAAGAGAAAACGAGAUCUUAAAACUAAUUGCAGAUGAAGAAAAAAGAGUUUGUGGCAAGUUUGACUAUAUUUACGGUGUUCUGGGAAGUAAGAAGAAUGAAAUUCACUCUCUCAGAGAUCAGAUUGAGAUGGCACUGACGGAAAGUGAUGACAUUCUGUUUUUGAAGAGAGCAGCAGCACUGCAACGAACAUCAACAAAAGAUGCUUUUGUCCCUGUAAUUGAAAUAGACCAAAGCUUGAUACAAUCCACUUACCAGUCUGCCAUUAACCUUAAAGACAUUGUGAAACUUUCGGUGAUUCAGGGCAAGGAGAGGAAAGCGGAAGCAAAACCGAUACCUGUGAAAACUAAGACCUUUCCAGCAGUGGCUCCUAACAGAAAAAAGCCUCCAGGACCACAGCAUACCCAGAAAGAGAAAAUCCUUCUCCAGUGUCAAGCCACUCUGCAGGCGGAGGCAGAUACCAAGGAGAAAAAGAAACCUGUUAAAGUUGCACCAACCACGGGAACAGUAAGCGCCGCAGCCGCCGCUACAGCUAAAGAACUUAUCGACAGCUUUCUGAAGAAACCCAGAGAGGAGCUUCUGCAGUAUACUGCUAACAUCACGCUGGAUUUCAACACAGCCCAUAACAAAGUGAUGCUGUCUAACAGAUACACCAGGAUGUCUGUCUCAGACACCCCCCUGCAUUACGACUACCACCCUCAGCGCUUCACUGAUUGUCCCCAAGUGCUGGGGUUCCAGUGCUUCAAGAGAGGCAUCCACUACUGGGAGGUAGAGCUGCAGCAGAACAGCUUCUGUGGCAUUGGCAUCUGCUACGGCAGCAUGGAGCGGCAGGGGCCGGGGAGUCGCCUGGGGAGGAACAGCAGUUCUUGGUGUAUUGAGUGGCUUAAUUCCAAAAUAUCAUCCUGGCAUAAUGAUGUUGAGAAGUGCUUACCCAACGUGAAGGCUACUAAGAUCGGGGUGCUGCUCCACUGCGAGGGAGGCUUUGUGAUUUUCAUGGCCGUUGGGGAGAAGCAUAACUUGAUCUAUAAAUUCAAAGCCCAGUUUACUGAAGCUUUGUACCCUGCCUUCUGGUUGUUUUCCAGUGGCACUGUUCUCACUCUCUGCUAAGUGAAACAGUAAGGUCUCAUAUCUUAAUUUAGUUUGCCUAGGUAUGCAAAUAAUCAGUCCUGCAGCAAGUCAUCUUUGAGAAGUCUCAAAGAUAGAUUGAGACAAAAUAUAUUCUCUCUUUUAAGCACUUUGGGGUACCUGCUGAUUCUUUGGUCUAAAUUGCUAAAGCCUUUAGAUAGUGAUUUAGUAAGACACAGAUGAUGGGAAAAACUACGAUGAAAGGUUUUGCAGAAGACCUUGAUGGUCCUUCUAAGAGUAAAGGUGUGAUACAAUCAAUCAUUAAAUGUCUUCAGUAGCUACUGUGGCUUCGGUGGUUUGCUGUAAAGGAUCCCCAGAAGUAAUUUUCAGAUCUAAAUGUGUUUCACAGGUAACAAUAACACCUUUGACAAAGAAACAGGAAGAAUUCCUUGACAAAUUCAGGUUUCAGGCUUUGUGGUAGGUCUCAGCGUUGCCUUUUUCUCUGUACACAGGCUGUUGUUCAGAGUCAGGAUUUACAAUACACGUGUCCUCAGUGUAUGACUCCAGGAGACACUACAGAACCUAUUAAAAUCAGUAAGUUCAGGUCUUACGACACCAUGUUAUAAAAGCCAGCAUGACAAAACUGACCAGAAUGGAAAUACAGAGACUUUUAGAGUUGAUGUAUAAGAAACGGUGUCAGAAUUGUCAGAAAUAAAGGACACUGUCUCAGAGACUGGGAAUAUGCCAGAGAGUCUUCAGGAAGACAUCCUGCAGAGCAGUAGUGUGCACCCUGUAGUAAUACAGUUUGUGGGAUGAAGCAUUCUGUCUCGUAUUCCGACCCAGAACAUGCUUCACAUCUUCACACUGAAGAAUCUUCAAUGUGGUUUGGUUUUGGGUUGGGUUUUUUUUGGGUGUGUGUUGAGGUGUUCAGAGAGUGCAUUUUUGGCUUGUGUAGGGAGCAUAAAUGUGCUGUUCACCGAAAGCAGGGUCUCCUGUCACAAGGCUUUUCCUCUUUGUGAAGCAAGAUAUUCUCUGCUGGUGUAUCUUCAGUUAAGGUGGUAAAAACAGCAUUUCCUACCUGUUACUAGGACUCUAAUUUAAGGAGUCUCAAGACAGUGUGCACAGUACCUAGAAAAUGCUGUUUCCUCUCUAUGUGAAGCCUGCAGGCAGACAGGUGAGUCUUUUGAAACAUGCAGGGAAUUAGCAGAAAGGAGAAUGUGUUUCCAUUCCCACUGGAAGGGAUUUUUAAUUCUCCUCGUGUUCUUUGCCUUGGGUUGUGGUUUGUCUUCAGAAGUCCUCACCAUGUACAGAGGAAUCUGUACUUCUGCCUUUUUUCCUUACAAAUUUAAAACAAUCAGUAGGCAAUCAAGGUAUUUGGAUCUCAUGGUUAUUGGGCCUCUAUCUUGUUGAUGCCUCUGGACGUGCUAGAGCUUAUUUCUUGUAGUAGCUCGUGAGGAACAAGGAAGCUCACAGGAGAAAAUUCCUGAAAUUUGAAUUGUAAAACUCCCCCUUAUGGCACUUGCUGAAAUAAAACACAAAGCUCCUGCUGGCAGUUUGGAAUGGAAAUGUUACAAGGUUCAGAAGAACUUCUGUGACUACAUUUCACAUUAGCCAAAAUGCUUUAGAGAGACACUUGCAGGAAUUCAGGCUUGGUGUCUCUAUUUUUACUUGGUUUGUAAACUCUUAGUACUUUGUCAAGGAAAGUACAAGUCUGGUAAGACACUUCCAUUUCUUUGGCCAGAGUAGGAUCUGGAAUCAAUGGUGGACCUAAAAGUGCCGUGGCUGUCUGGAGUAGUUGUACCAUCUCAAGGGUCUCAGCUUUCCAAAGCACAGUCAGCACUUAAACCAUCAAGCUAAGCAGAACCCUUCAAAACAUGUGGAAGGAGGACGUGGUGUCCUGAUAGGAGCCAACAGUAACUGCAAAACUUUUUUCCUGCAUUUCCAGUUUUUCAGCAGUGAGGGACAGGAGCGGUUUCCUCUGAGAAAUCCUCUCUCUUCAGCUGCUGGGCUGGGCCACGGGGCUGCAGAUCAGUCAGCAGGCACUGAAGGAAUACGCCGGGCCCUUGGUCAUGGGGAAAAAAGCUCUGGCAGUUUGUGCAGCGGAGGAAGUCUGCAUUUUCUGUUGCUUGCUUCUUGACUUUGAAGGGGUGUUUAUUAACCUUUAAGUCUAUGGGCUGCUUUAGCCAUAGCCUGGAGCGAAGUAAAGAAAGAGCUCUUAUUCCUCCACGCUGGACACUGUUGGAUUCCUUAAACGUGGCAUUGGUGUAUGAGCAAUGGUGUAUAACACAGAAGGUGUUCUGGGUUACAGGCAGUGAAACAAGCCUGCCGCUGUGCUCCUCAUUCUCUUUUGUUUGUUUUCUUUUGUGCUGUGAAUAACAGAAACUCAUUCUAUCCUUUCUAGUCACUCUGGAAUGAAAUGAGAAGCGCGUAACUGAAUUGUUGCACUUCUGAAGACUGUUAUUUAGUUUAGCUUCAGAUAUCUUGGAUAUAUCAAAACAUUGACAAGGUUUAGUGAUGGGUUGUGAGUGGUUUUUUUAAUCAGAGUUAGGAUGAUGGUUGGACUAGAUGAUCUUAAAGGUCCCUUCCAACCUAGACAAUUCCAUGAUUCUAUGUUUGGGGUGAUACAAUGUUAGAAAAAAUAUUAGUUGUAGUAUGAUAAGUAAUGGUACAUAAGCCUCUCAAUGCAACUGAAGUCUUUUUACUCGGCCAGUGACUAUCAAAGCUGUACUGAUUUUAAACAAAAUACCUUCAUGUAUUUUAAUUAUGCUUCUCUUUUUAGUUCUAUAAACAACCCAACUUACCUAGUCUAGAAAAAGAAUUAAUUCUGGUGUUAAUAAAACCAUGAGAAUGUGGAAUGAUUUGCAUAUUAAUGUACAACUGAGAGUAAAUUGAGAAACACCACUGAAAAUACACUAUCUGUUUAAAUUUAAUCUUUUCUCCAAUGAAGCACAUUAGUAAAAUACUGCACUUAGAAAAAUAAAUGCUUAAUGUAACGAUAAACCUGUUGAUCAAUCAGCCAUGUAUUCAGUAUGUAUGCUAUAUCGUAUGUUAUCUCGUAUAGAUAUGUAUCAGCCAGACAUCCUUGUCAGGGCAAGAGACAUAGAUUUUUAUGCUAUCUGUCUUAUGACUGUACCUCUUUUAGAAGCUGACUAUUGUUGAUCUUUUUAGCUGUAAAGUGAAUUAAUUGUGAUAUUAUGAAUUCAAUAAAUAGUCAUGGUAAAGCCUAA